AUGAACUUGCCAAGAGCCGAGCGCCUCCGGGGCUCAGACCCGGAAGACAGUGAGGUCGACAUCCUGGAGGAGGAGGAGGCCGAGGGGAGCCAGCCGUUUCCCGCGCAGUCGCUCUCGCCGGGGCCGCGGGGCGCGCGUCCACAGGAACGCACCGAGGGUGCGAGCUGUCCGGGAGCCGCCUCCGAGGCUGACAGCAAGUUCAAGGCCUCUGCCGGGGUCGCGGCGGCCCCCGGGGACGCCUCGCUGCCUGCGAAGCCGCCCUACUCUUACAUCGCGCUCAUCACUAUGGCCAUUCUGCAAAGCCCGCGCCAGCGCCUAACGCUCAGCGGCAUAUGCGCCUUCAUCCGUGGCCGCUUCCCCUACUAUCGCCGCAGGUUCCCUGCCUGGCAGAACAGCAUCCGGCACAACCUGUCGCUCAACGACUGUUUCGUCAAGAUCCCUCGCGAGCCGGGCCACCCCGGCAAGGGCAGCUACUGGAGCCUGGACCCCGCCUCGCAGGACAUGUUCGACAACGGCAGCUUCCUUCGGCGGAGGAAGCGCUUCAAGCGCACCCAGCCGCCCCCCGGGACGCACCCACCCGUUGCGCUGCCCUGCCCGCCGCCGGGGCUCUUGCUGGGGCCCCCUGGACCGCCGCAGCAUGGCCUUGGGCCUUACUCUACCCCCGCCGGGUGUCGCCCGUGCCCUCUGCUGCACCCGCACCCCCUCCGCUACCUGCUGCUCCAGGCCCCAGCCUGCGCCCAGGCGCCCGGGAGCGCCGAGGGCGCAGAUCUGGGAACCCCUGGCUCCCUCCCGUCUGUGCAGUCUUCGCUGGGCUCUGGGACCUGGGAGGUGGGCAAGGCGCCCGCGCAGCGGCGGGAGGGCGGGGGCAAGUCCUUCAGCAUCGACAGCAUCAUGCAAGGGGUCAGGGCGGGGGGCGCGGGCGCCGCGCAGAGUCUGUCCCCGGCCCCAUGGGGCUACUGCCACCUGCUGCAGCGCCCGUCGUGCCUGGUGCAUCCCCAGGCUGCUGUUCCCUGGCUGCAAGUGUCCGCAGCCACCGCCACAGCCGCUGGGGCCGGGACGAUUCUGCAGCGGGACUGCGCCGGCGGCUGCGCUCCGGGCAAGGGCGUACUGCUGGGACGCCACCUGUCCGCCGCGGCGGCGCUACUGGAGUGUCAGCCGAGGUCAGAGAGCUCGAGGGUGUUAUCCCUGGGGGUUCCUGCGGAUGGAGAGGGGACAUCGCCCGCCUUUUGA